AUGUCUUUUCCUCCUCAAACGACGCGAUCAUAUGUUUAUGGUGAUGCUCCUGGGUACUUCAGGUCACCUAUCGCCACUCUCAGAGAGUCUCUUGAAGACGACUCAGCGGAACAUAUCUCUGCUCAUGAUCUGCUCGAAGCGUACAGCGUUUUCUCAAGCCGACUGCGCACUAUAGUGGCAGUCAUCCCAGAGGAUCAACGCGAAGUACCCUCGUUGAACUACGUUGCACGACACGCUCCCGAGGUUGCACAAUGUCUCCGAAGGGACCUGCGUCGCGCUCUCGUUGAUCCCGUACCAAACUAUCGCUCCAGCAAUGAUUUAAUACCCGAAUCUUUGGCAUUCAGGGAUGCCACUGAAGAUCAAGUCAAAGACGCAAGAGACGCGUCUUCUGUCUGUCAUGGCGCGCUGCGAUUGUUGUCCUAUAUCUUCCGGUUUAGCGUCUUGUCUUCAAUGUUUACUCCGAAUGAUGUGGCAAGUCUUCUGGAUGAUGUCUUGAAAACGAUUCGCAAAUCCUCCCUUCCCAUCCCAAAUGAAUCGAAAACAGUUUUGUUGACCACAUGGGUAGUAUCGAAACUCCGGCUCUCUACGAUGGUGAUGUCCUCGAAGAAGCAACAAAUUAAAGACACUCUGAAGGCGGCAGUCGAGGGCGGGAAGCCAGAGUUAUAUGUGAUCGACAGUCUGAAGGCAUGUUACCACUUGCUAACUUCGUACCCUCUCAUUUUCUUCGAACCUUUUGUUGAAGUUCUGCCACUUGUCAUGGCUCGUCUUAUUUCGCCAUCAGCCGCUGUCCGCACACAAGCGGCAAACGCUCUUUCAGGAUAUGUGCUCGCCUCCCUCUCUGAUCAAGCGCAAUCCCUUCAAAGGUCGAUGGACACCGUCAGACAUCACAUUUACACUUUCAUCGACUCGCAGAGGUCCUCAAAGAACAGGAUAGAUGGUAUCCUCCGUCUGGAGGACAUGCUGUCUAUCUCCUUGACUGUGGAUCAUCCCGCUGUGGCCGGUCAAGGACCUGUGUGGUGCCUAAUCGUCCUAGCCUGCAUCGCAACUUUACUUGCUGGAGAGUUGUUCACUCGUCCGCAUUCUCUGAAGCUCGUGAUGACAUACCUGGCACGCAACUUGGCUCACCAGCGGUCCUUCGUCCGCAAGUUGCAUGCAUGCGUGUGGCGGUGCUUAAUCUGGGCGUUCGUCCACGUUUCGCGAGACAACGAUACACACUUCCAUGCAGACCGGAGGAUCAUCUCGGCGUCUCAAUCCUCGUCAGAUCUCCGUGAACGCGCUUUCUGUGUCGUGCGGCAGGAAUUAGGGCAAGGGACUGGCAUAGCACUCGUCUCGUGUCUGUUGCAGCCGCCAUUGCCGGCCACGCAGUGCGAUAUACCCUCGACCGCGACAGGUGAUCUCUCGAAAGCUCUAGGCAUUGUCAGAGAUAUGGUCUCGCAUGGCUCCCAAUCGGUACACUCUGAGGGCGUUGCGCUUCUGACAAGGUUGAUUAGCUCCAUUGGCACGGCUGCUGGUUUCUUGUCUCCAAUUGCUUCGGAUAGUGCACAGCAUGAGGGGAAGAUCAUUGUCAAGGAGUUAUUCGACAGGUCAUUGCUGAAGGCAGAUUGGGACAAGGUGCCACAGCUCGUUUCUACCAUUGGCCAAUACAACGUGGAGGAAGUAAGGCAAUUAACCGAAGCAGAGAUUGUGUGCCAUUGGGAAGACUUAUUUGAGAUAUGGGGGCAUUGCGUGGAGCGAACUCUUUCGCAUCAUCAGCCAGUGGGUGCGCUUUCGAGUGAUCUGUUACAAGUCUGGCAAGCGUUGCUCCUGGUCCAAGCGCAGCUUACGCAGGAAUACGGACAUCUUACUACCGCCUCCAGUUUUGCAAAUCGUGCCGUCACUAUUAUCACGGAUUUCUUGUUGUUCAACUACCACGGCUCAUCCGACUCUUCUCAGCUGUGCGACAGACAAUGUGCUCGACUGACAUUAGUACGCCAAUUAUGGAGAGUCAUGAAGAACGUCUUUACGACAUCUUGGCUGAUACCGACGGCUACUUCAAUCUUGACCUCGGUGCUCAAGCAGGAAUACAAGAUCGAUCGCGAAGACGUCAAGGUCGCUUGGAGUGGAUUAUGUGCUGCUUUGAUUUCUGCAAGCGAGCCGGAUCUCCUUGGCCGGCUUGUCAUUGGAAAUGAGUCUCAGAGGACGACGGAACUCAUCCGACAUUUAUGGAAUGUGUCUGCGUCUAAAUGGACGACAAUUGACCCCAAACCCAGUUGGCAAGAUACAGUUUCCUUUCUGGUAGUUCCCCUCGGUGUGUGGGUUAUGAGCGAUGAGGAGAAUGGCGUGUGGAAUGGUGUUCUUGAUUAUGCCGCUGUGUGUGCUGAGUCACUAUCAACUUCAUCACUGAAAGUGGUAGAGACUCUUGUCCUAAGUGCGGCGAAGCAGUCAAAGAGCCUUCUAGCUUUCUCCAGAACCAGCCUCAUCAUUCUUGCUCAUCUUCGUCCAACGGCCGCAGAUAUCAUCUCCGCGGAAUUAUUUUCUCAUAUUAACGAAUAUCUGUCUGGCUUAUAUUCCCGUCAAGCAGAUUUUUUGCAGUUGGCCAUGGACGCGUUAAAAGACUUAAGAAGUUUAUUCAAAUGCUGUCCAAGGAGCCUGCUUAUCCCGGUCUUAACAGCGCUCUCGGAUGGGUUAUGUGUCUGGAUCAAGGACGAAUCGGAAAUAAUGCUAGAAGAAGAAUAUAAUGAUGUGGUAAUGACCCUGUACACCGAUACCCUAGACCUCCUUCGGGGUCACCCAUUCUCUGCAGAUACCCUUCGCGCAUUGGCACCUUUCAUUUCCUCGGGCUUUUGUCGCCUCGUACAUCCAGCAUGGGGUCCUGUAGCUUUCAAGGCCUUUUGGGACUCAAUUAAUCCUGGUAUCGGGUCCCUUAUUCACGUUCUCCCCGGUAGUAUCAAGGAAUGUUUGAAGACAUAUCAGGAAGCCUUUGGUGCAAGCUUGCCAUCCGAUAUAUCAUUUGAUUCCGAGUCAUCACAGUCACAGUCACAGUCACAGUCAGAUAACGUGCAACCUGAACUCCCAGCCAAGGGACAAGAUGAUGACCGGUCAAUCUACCCUGUCCUCCGAGCCUCCGUUGUAGGUGCUGAUACUUCAUCUACGGAACAAUAUCACGCUGGGCGCAAUCCUACGUUCGCCUCGUUAGGGCUUACGCAGGAUUCGCAAUCGCGCAAUUACUCAGACACGAGAGACAUUAACUUGAGGUUCGACAUGAUUGAUAGUCCAGACUCACGUCGAUCCUCUGGAGUGGCCAGUAUACUGUCUCCGGAAGUCCCGUUUGUUGGGGCUGGUAUGGAGCACAUAAAUGCCUCACCUGGGAUGCAUUCCCCAUCACCUGCCGUGUCUAACGCGAUUGCUCCAGUUUCCCCUUUGUUCGAUGCAUCUUACUCCGUAUUUGUGCCCAGUUCACCGACUCCUGCGAAACGAGCAUCUCUUGUCCGAGAUCUUAGGCCACCCAAGCGAAUAAAGACAGCUUCAACGGCAGACGGAGAGAACUCAAAUGUUGACCCUAAUGGGAAGAUGUCUGGCAUCCUUGCCCACCGUGCAUCAUUUUUUGAAACAACUCUGGACAUGGCUCAUGGUCGAAGUUCGCGCUUCGAUUGCGUCGAAGUGCCCACUUAUGCGGAAGUCAGGCGUAUGCGCUCGCGGACAGGAUCUGCUGCUCCGCAUCCGACGCCUGGAUACGCAGGUCCAUCUAUCACCCGCCAAGUGCCCCCCGCUCCAAUCAUUGCUGCACUGGACACGAUCGACAACGGGGAAGCCUCACCACGCACGCCUAGGGCGAUGACACCCCCGGCCUCGGAGGACUAUGAGAAUUGGGAAACUGCUCUGGACACGGCCCAGUUGCAGCGUAUCCAGCGUGAUCCAGGAUCACACUCGCCAGAACUAGAUCACGAUGAGUUCUCGGUUUCAGAACAAGGUGAGGAUGACGCGUGCACCCCUUGUAGACAUCGGAGCGUCGGUAAGGGUAAAAGCAUAGCGAGAACAGCACCCCCGAAUAUUGCGCACGGAGAUACAGUCGUCUUUUCCAACCUAGCUCACCGGGCCGAUACCCAUGCUCCCGAUCACCCUGUGCCACCAGAGCGGUCCCAGACAGCUCCGGCGUUGUCGCGCGCGCUCGACCCAGCAUUUGAAGUCGCCCCACCUCUGCGCAGAGCGCGCACCAUAUCGACCGGGAUCGACGCUCUCCGGCAGGCGUACGACGCUGUGCAGGCGGAGGGCUCGCAGAUGCCGGUGGACGAGAUGCUUGCGGCGACGAAGCUGGUGCAUGACAUUGGGAGGAUACUCAAUGAGAAGCUGUUGCAGCGUUUGGGAGUCGGCGGCAAAGGCGACGACUGCUAA